ACUUUAUUCACGAAAACGCCAGCAACAUAGUUCAUGUUUUCAUUCCGGUUAAAACAAAUGAAACAUGACCACGUCAAGAGGCGAAACAGAAAGUAGGUUUAGACAAUGAUCUGAAAAGGAGGAGCUAGGACGAUGACACCAGAGGGAGGCCAGUUUGAGCUUGAAGCACUUAUAGAGGAAGGAUCAUAUGGCACAGUCUUUGAAUACUUUGACAAAAGCGAUGGAAAGAGGAAGGUUGCCAUGAAAAAGAUAAACCUUAGCAAAUUGUCAAAGAAUGAUCGUAGUUCAGCGGAAACAGAGGCCAGAUUGUUGACAACUCUACAACACCAGUAUAUUCUGCAUGCUGUGUCGACAUUUCAGGAAAAAGAGACACUGUGCAUAGAAACAGAAUUCUGUGAUCAUGGGGAUUUAGAACAGUUACUAAAGUCGAGAAAAGGAAAAUCUCUAGAAGAACAACGAAUUGUGGAAUGGUUCAGACAGAUAUGUAGCGCAUUAGAGUAUUUGCAUGGGAGAAAUGUCCUUCAUCGGGAUAUAAGGACUCGGAAUAUAUUCCUGACCGGAAAAGAAAUGACAGCAAAGCUGGGAAACUUUGGUCUGGCCAAAGUGUUAGAGAGUUUCAACAAUGAAGAUUUAAGCGUCCGUGGUAGUCCUUAUUACAUGAAUCCUGAUGUCUUUGCUCACGUACAUUACAAUUCUAAGACUGACAUUUGGGCUUUGGGAGUUUGCGUAUAUGAAAUGGUCGCUUUAAGUCUUCCAGAUGAUGUCCCUGAGAUACAGCAGCUAGUAUUAAAUACUAUUCAUGAUGAGUUACCUCCAUUGCCCGAGGGAUACAGUCUAGAGCUGAUUGAGAUCAUAGAGAGGAUGAUGUGCAGAGAGAUGGACAGACGGCCCUCAGCAUCAGAGUUGCUGCAGAAUGUCCUCUUUAUGAACCAUAGUGCAUCAAAAGUACUUUUCUUACCUGACGAGAAAACAACGCAAAAACAAUCUUGUAAUGAAGACAUUGAGAAAAUAAUUAGAGACACAACAAUGAGAAUCAACUUCAAUGUCAACAGAGAGUACGACAGUUACCUUCCUCCUAUAUCAACCGUUUCAAAUUCUGAAUCAGUUGAGGCCAGCACAUCAGGCACGAAAUUGUCUGAAGCCAGCAGCUCAGAAAUUAGUUCAGAGGAUGAAAAAUAUUUUGAAAGAACAAUGACAGCUGACAAAGCUGAUUCAGAAUCUGUUUUCCAGCAACCACUGUCUUCUACUUUCACGAUGAUGAGAUCAUGGUAUAGAUCUAUUAAGAGGAGUCUGAUGAUAGAUGGUGGUGGAUCACACGAAAGAUCCUGUGAUACAGCAGAGAGCAGAGAAGGAUCAAAAAACCAAAUGAGACCUUGGAACAAAAAUCUACCAAAUGAAAAACAUUUAUACCAAUAUUUUUGGAAGGAGCAUUCAGUUUUCAGUCAGUGGUAUUCAUGUACAUUCACGGUUGAUGAACAAACGUAUAGUUCUGCUGAACAGUACAUGAUGCACCAGAAAGCGGUGUUAAUGGAUGAUAAAGAGAGUGCAGGAAUCAUCUUGGCACUCAAUGAACCAGAAGAAAUAAAGAGAAUAGGGAGGCAUAUCAAGAACUUUAACAAAGAUGUAUGGGGAAAACAUUGUCUGGAUGUUGUGGAAAACGGAAAUAUGGCAAAGUUUUCGCAGAAUAAAAAACUAAGGGAUGAGUUAUUUAGUACGUAUCCAAAAACACUGGUGGAGGCUAGUCCGAUAGACAGAAUAUGGGGCAUAGGACUAUCAGAGAAAGAUAAAAGGGCAUGGAAUAAAGAGACAUGGAGGGGGCAAAAUCUCCUGGGACACAUUUUGACCAAAGUGAGGGACAAAUUGAUGGAACCUUUUCUUAAACCUGUGGACACAGAGAAGGGUCUAGUACAAGAAAGUGAAUGACAUACCUUAUUUUAAAGUGAUUUCUGGUUGGAAGGAUGUGUUGAUUGGAUAUUCGAAAAUUCACACUGUGUACAUAAAAAUUUUGAUUUCACUUUUUUAAAAAGAUCAACCUGAUAAUGGUUAAAUUGGUCAAUUGGGCGAAUGAAUAAUAACCUUAUUUCCAAAACCAAGUACAUGAAUCUGCAGUUUGUAUUUUUCUUACUCAUUUCUUUACUUUAUGUAGAUGAAUGUAUAAUGUGGGAUUAUUUCCUGUAGAAAUAAUUUGUGCUUAUAAUAAAGUAUUGAGAGUGAAACAUCUUUGAAUGGUUUCAAAAUGUUAAUUGCAUGUAUGUCAUGUAAAAUAAAACUGAGUGCAAUAAACCAAACUUUGGAUACUGUUCGUAUCCAGGAAACUUAA